AUGAGCAACGCUGCCCAGAAGAGCUUCCCGACUUCGAGUGAGCAAUACUUCCGGUACCAGCCCAACGACGCUUCACUUCCGGUCCGUUUUGACCAGCCUUGCGGUCAAUUUACGGAGGCUUUCAAGGACUUCAGCAAAAGAAGUAUGUUCAAGCAAAAUAGACUCGCAACAAAUCAGAUGGCAUUUCCGGUAAAACAAAACCCUGUGGUGGAGCAGAGUGCAUUCUGGGAUAGCCCUGACUCGUGGGUUAACGUAUGUUCAAAUGAUAACGUUGGCUUUGGAGUAAGCUAUGCAACGACUUCGUCAUCUAAUGCAACAUUUUUCCAGAAGGAAAGUUUCAAUGUGGCAAACGCGCCCACAACAACUAGUCCUGGAACGGUACAAAAAAGUAUAGGGCUUAGCACGGGUGGCCUGUGUCAGAUAGGCACUCAAUUUGAAGAAAAUCCCAUUGCGCCUUACGGACAGGCAUUCGGACUAACCAAACAGCUUGAAAUAAACACUUACAAAAACACCACGAACGAUUUAUCAAAGGAAACCGAAAAUCGUGAGCUGUUCGACAGGGACACUGGGAAAAAAACUUCACAAACUCAAAUGAUAGAGGGUGUUAACUAUCUAGGCAAUGAUCCCGAACCUACGGACAUAAUGGAAACAAUUAAUGGCCCUAGUCAGGUGUUAGAUGGUACUAAUCACGUGCUAAGGGAGUCUGAUCACGUGCUUAGAGAUUCCAAACACGUGCUAAGGGAGUCCAAUCACGUGCAAGUUGAUUCAUGUCACGAAGCAGGUGAUCCUUAUUACACUGAUCGCCGAGGGUCAGACUUGAGUGAAUCCAGUUUCGCGAGUCCUGCCAGCAGUAAAGGCUCAAGCGCUAGUGACUCGGACAGCGAUAAUUCUUCCCUCAUUCGCGCUCAUUCGCCCGAGUAUCUAGAUUCAAACUUACAAGGAGAUGUUGCGGGAAACACUCGUGAUUUCGGGUGUUACACAAAACUUUCCAAACCACCUCAAAUCACGCCACAAAAACGCUUGCCAAAUGCGGAUAAACCAUUCUACUGUCCAUGGCGGAACUGCGGCUGGAAAUUUCGCAGAUCGGACGAAUUGAAGCGACAUUAUAGACGCCAUACUGGGGAAAAACCUUACGCAUGCCCACUGUGCGGAAGGGCGUUCAGUCGAUCUGAUCAUAGAGCGUCCCACAUGCGUAAGCUCCAUCCGAACUGUCUAACGCCGGCGAACUAAUCUUCGUUUAUGACACUCGUGUUUAUUUUGCGUAGCGCGCGCUACUCUGGCAAUCUUGGGAGCUCUAGGAAGUUAACUAGUUAGCAUGCUUGUCAAUCAGAGUUAUGAUUCCCAAGUGCUAAUUAGCUAGUUUUCUAAAACUUUGUCUUGGUUACCAUGGUAGCGCUAGUCGUCGUCAAGAGUAAAUUUACAUCAUAAAGUCGAAUCAAAUAUAGGUGAUUUGGGAACUGUGCGACCUUACAGUUUUGCUUGGACUUCUAUUAC